ACAUGUCGACGGAUAAAAAUGAAAAUCCAACGGCGACACAGACGACGACAUCGUCAUAAUCGUCAAUGACGAAGCUCCGUAAGAUCCCUCCGAUCCCUAUUCAGCGGUCCCAACGGGAACCAGCUGAGAAAUCAGAAGGUAGCAGAAGCAGCAGCGACGAUGCGGAUGAAGUUGAUGACGACGAAGUCGUCUAUCAAGAAGAAGAAGAAGAAGAAGAAGAAGAUUUUGGUUCCGGUAGUUACGAUGAGAACGUAUUAUUUAAACGAAGCAUGCGAGGCGACAAUGAUUCGACGAUAAUUUUAGCGUCUGCUCUUGGAUUAAACCACAUUAGAACAAGAUCCAAUCCACUUCCGUCUCCUCUCAGGUUCUCUUCCUCUGCCGGAACGCCUUCCAAUCUUGGAAAUGUAGAUAGUAACCUCGGAAGGGUCUCUAAUAAGGAAAAGCUGAUCUCUGGAAUGGAAGCCUGCACUUCUCAUCCCAACCAUAGCGCCAUUAAUGAUCAAGAGGAAAAAGUUGCAUGGAGCACUCAAUCAAAAUCACUAAGGGUUCCAUCACCACUCAAUCCGGGGUUAGAGGUAAAUUGA